AUGGUCGUUGGCUUGUUCGCUGAGCUGGGCAAUUUGGUUGCAAACGUUUCAUCACCAAUCGAGGGGACAUCAUCAAUGCGUAGUUGUGCGUGGCGGUGGGUUUGUGGUUGUGCACAACCACACGCACUGAUGAUGUCACCUCGAUUGGUGAUGAAACGUUUGCAACCAAAUUGCCCAGCUCAGCGAACAAGCCAACGACCAUCUACGCUACCUGAGCUACCGACAUUCUCCUCUAUAGAAAACAAAGGAUACUUCUUGUACGAUACUUUGUUAAUCGGUCCACAAGAAAGAUGGUGUAUUGGACUAAUUUGGUUUUUCGAGAGGCUCACCUGGAACCCAGCUGAAUCUCUCGUUUGUGAUGUUCUCAGGCAACUGAAUGUGCCGCACCAGGCCGCCUCAUGUCUCAGCCGCUACGAUAUUCAAGAUAUCGCGACACAUCCGAGCUUGGCAAUUUACUUGAAAACGUCUUGUCACCAUACGGGUAGACAUCAUCAGUGCGCAGACUCUGACGAUGUCUUCUUGACUGCGGACGAAACGUUUGCAAGGCAAUUGCCAAGCUUGGCGAACAGAUCAACAGCCACCUGA